AUGGGGUUAAAAGUGUCUUGUUUUGCACUUUGUCUAGUGGCAGUGGUGGUGGUGGUGCUUGUGAUGGGAGAGGCACGCGUGGCCGUGGCAGUGACUUGCACCCCAACGGAGCUGAGCCCAUGCGCUGAGGCGAUCAAGUCGCCGAAGCCACCGUCUGCUGAAUGUUGCAAAAAGCUGAAGGAGCAGAUUCCUUGCCUUUGUGGGUACAUAAAAGACCCCAACCUCAAGCAGUAUGUCAACUCUCCCAAUGCCCAAAAGGUUGCUAAGUCCUGUGGUGUGAAAGUCCCAACUUGUUAA